AUGAAUACUUCAUCGUCGUUUCAGGAUGUUUCAUCUAUACUAUCGCAUCCAACCUAUUACCCAUUGAAACUUAACAUCACUAGAAAACCAGAUAUUAUCCCAGGUUUGCCUGAUGGGGUAUUAGCACUAAUAGCACCAAUAGUUGCAUACUGGACAUACUCGUCGUUCUUUCACUUUAUUGAUGUUUACGAACUAGCAGAAAAAUAUAGAAUCCACCCCAGUGAGGAAGAAUUGAAGAGGAACAAGGUUACAGUGCACGAGGUUGUAAGAGAUGUGAUACUCCAGCAUGUCAUACAAACAGUUGUUGGGCUUACUGUAUUUUAUUUCGAUGCUACCCAGUUGACAGGAUUUGAACUAUACACCAUGUGGCAGCUAAAGCACAACCAUUUACCUUCGUGGGUACCCAACCUGGUCUUGUACUAUGGGUACAUGUAUGGGUGGUCCUUUUUGCGCCUCUGCGUUGCCUUUUUGGUGAUUGAUACUUGGCAAUAUUGGUUGCAUCGCUUUAUGCAUGUUAACAAGACACUUUACAGAAGAUUCCACUCGAGGCAUCACAGAUUGUAUGUUCCCUUUGCGUUUGGAGCAUUGUAUAAUGACCCUUUGGAAGGAUUUUUGUUGGACACCUUGGGCAGCGGAAUCGCAUCAAUAGUUGCUGGUUUGAGUCAUCGAGAACAGAUUGUGUUGUAUACCUUUGCUACUUUGAAAACUGUGGAUGAUCAUUGCGGAUAUAGAUUGCCAUACGACAUUUUCCAAAUUAUCUUCCCAAACAACUCCGUGUAUCACGAUAUUCACCAUCAGAUUUGGGGUAUAAAAAACAACUUUUCACAGCCAUUCUUUACAUUUUGGGAUGUGUUCAACAGAACCCAAUACAAGUUUGUUAACGAGUACAAGGACUUGCAGAAUCACAUCACUUUAACCAAGUACAAGGAGUUCUUAGCAAAGAAAACGAGAUCAGGUGUUAGAACCGAACAAGAAAAGGAAAACUUUAAAGAAGAAACAGAGUUGACGAAGGAAACGAUUAAUGAAUUAAAAAAAGAUAUUUAA